AGGAUCUCCCAAAUUCAACUUGGCGCAGGCUGCUGCGUUAUUAAGAAAGAAAGGACUUCUUGGUGUUAAAAUGGAUUCACCAAAGGUUAACAAAAAGAGUUCUCCAAAAGUUGUGAAACAAAGAGCACAAUGGAGUUUGGGACUUGAAAAAGGUCUGGUGGAGAUACUUAUGGAGCACGAUACUCCUUACCACCGAGGGCAAAAUGGAUGGAGCAAGGAAACUUGGAACUUGAUGGUGACAAAAUUCCAUGCAAAACACAAACAUGUGAAGUUCUCAAAGUCUCAAAUUCAAGAUAAGGAGAAGGAGCUCAAAAGAGAAUAUAGGAUGUUAAAAGAAGCCCGAAAGCAAAGCGGUGUUGGCUGGGAUGACAAAAGAUGUAUGAUCGAAGCUGACACCGACCUUUGGGACAAUCUGAUGAUUUCAUAUCCAAGUAUCGGGAAAUUCAAGAAGAAAUCUUUUCCUCUCUUUGACUCGCUAGGAGAACUCUAUGAUGGGCAUACAGCUGAGGGUACCUACAGUUUCACAUCAAUUGCACAACCAUCACAAAUUGACGAAGACUUUGUAGAUGAAAUAGAGGUUGAGGAAGUAAAAGAAAGUGAUGACUUGGAGAUGAUGAAUCAAGUGCAACAUGAUGAAGAUGACUUGCAAAUUCUGGAUCAAAUGGAUGUUGCACAUAGGAAGGAGGCUGUCAAUCCAAGUGAAGAAGUGGGUCGUACAAUGGCUGGUUCAGGAAAGAUGCCCCAAAAGAAACCCAAGAAGGAGAAGCGCAAGAACAGUGGUGAUGUGAUUGCUGGAGCAUUAGAGAAGUAUAUAGAGUUGAAGAAAAGGCAAGUGGAUGAUGAAGCUACAUAUUUGGCCAAUGAAAAGGCAGAUGCAACAAAAUUACAUGAAUUCUCUAUCACCAAGUGCAUGGAUGUGUUGAAAAAAAUGGAGGAUGUGACCCGCAUCGAGAAGAUCAAAGCAUUCAACGUCUUCAAGGAUGCUGCAAACCGUGAGAUUUUCAUCAAUGCCGCUGAUGAUGAUAAAGAUACUGUUGUUAUGUGGCUUCGGAGCCAAAUGUCCCCAUGAGGUAUGUUCAAGACAGCCUGCAGCUAUGAGAUCGUUGCACUGGCAACAAGCACCCAAUGAAGAAAAGCGCAGUCGGUGUUAGCCCCUUAGAUCUGCCAGAAAGUGGUUCAUCUCAUAAACUGGCAUUUUACCAGCACUCGUUUUGAGCCUCCUGCUGAUCUUAUGUCAUGUAAAAUAAAGCAAACUAGGUUGACCUUAUUUGGGAGUCGCUUUCUAUUUUCAAUGCCUACUUGUUGCACAAA